AUGAAAAAGCCCCUGAAUGCAGCUCCAAUGGGUUCACUGGUGGUUGAACAGAUCGCAAGGAAGGGAGAUCUAAUCUCCGACAGGCUUCCCUUAGUUCACUAUCUCCAUCUUCGUCAGCCACCAAUCGUGGAAAGGAAAGGAACGGAGGCAGCAAUGUUGCCGUCAAGUGGCAGUGACGGCUGCUCCUUCUAUCCGACAACAAUCACACAGGGAGGGAAAGACUUCGAUCCUCAGUUGAUCGGAGAAGAAAGAAACACAAAAACAGUCAUAAAAUGGCCGAUGACUCUUAAUCGAUCGCAAGGAAGGGCUGCAAUCGGCGGUGGGAAGUCGCUGAAUUUCUUCUCUGUAGUGGUGAUGUUCCAGGCAGGAAACGAAGGUUGGGCGGAAUGGGAAGAAGAAAGGCUGGGCAAGAGUGAGGCGGAGUGGGAACUCGGCAGAACUUCACUGAGUCUUUCUCCUCCCUAUACGAUCUCAUAA